AAUUAAUAUGAUUCCAUAAGUAUAAGAAAGUGAUUACCUAUACAGUGUACCGAAAUCUUUUUCAACAAGAGCAAUUCAUACAGGUCAACAUGCUGAACCAAUUCAUGGGAGUGUGAAUGUUCCAAUUCAUUUAAGCACAACAUAUAAAUAGAAGGGUCCAGGUUAACCUUAUUCAUCUUUUGAUUAUACAAGAUGUGGUAAUCCAACAAGGGCAGCAUUGGAAGAAUGCAUAGCAGAUCUUGAGAAUAGUAAACAUUGUAUAACAUUUUCAUCUGGAUGUGCAGCAAUGUCAUGUAUUAUUAACAUUUGUAAACAUGGUGAGUAAAUCAUAUGUUGUGAUGAUGUCUAUGGAGGUACUUAAAGAUACAUGAGGAAUUUCACUGUAAAGAAUCAUGGAAUUGAAGUUUUAUUUGUAGAUAUUACAGACCCAGAAAAUGUAGCUAAAGCUGUAACAGAUAAAACUAAACUCAUCUGGAUUGAAACACCAACUAAUCCCACACUUAAAAUUGUGGACAUUACAGCUGUAUGUAAAAUAGCUAAAGAAAAUCAUAUCUUAUCUGUUGUUGAUAAUACAUUUGCUACUCCUUAUCUUUAAACUCCCAGAGACUUAGGAGCUGAUAUUACUGUAUAAUUAUAUAUUCUAAUUCUUAGGUUAAUUCUGGUACUAAAUAUAUGGGGGGACAUUCUGAUGUUGUCUUCGGAUCUUUAACUUGUAAUGAUAAAGAGUUGUAUGACAGAUUAUUCUUCUCUGCUAAAUCAUAAGGUGGAUGUCCUAGUGUUUUUGAUUGUUAUCUCAUUAUGAGAAGUUUAAAGACAUUAGAAUUAAGAGUUAAAUAAGCUACUAGAAAUGCUUAUAUUUUUGCUAAGUAUUUAGAAAAUAAUCCCUUGGUUGAUAAAGUCAUCUAUCCAGGAUUACCAUCUCAUCCAUAACAUGAAUUGGUUAAAAAAUAAUAAAGAGGUGGAGGUGCUAUGAUCAGUUUCUAUGUUAAGGGAGGUUUUGAAGAAACUAGUAAAUUAUUAAAAGCAUUAAAAAUAUUUACACUUGCUGAAUCAUUAGGGGGAGUUGAAAGUAUACACAUUUAUUUUAUACUAUAGGUUUAAUUGAAGUACCUUCAGUCAUGACACAUGGAUCUGUGCCUGUUGAUGUUAGAAACUCAUUAGGAAUCACAGAUAAUUUGGUCAGAAUUUCUAUUGGUAUUGAAAAUAUUGAAGAUUUAAUAAAUGAUAUGGAAUAAGCACUUUAAGCAUCCCAUUGAAUAUAAUCAGUAAUAUAUGCAACAAUAAAUAUU